CAGUUUGGGGUUGUGCAUAAAGUACUAAAAGUUUAUCAAAUUGCAGGAAACUCAAAGUAUAACAAUUCAUUCAUGACAUUGAGAUAUACAUGCAUGUAGUAGGCCUAUCUUGGUUGUUGUUUCUUUGUUCUUAGAGAGGGGGAGAGGGGACAGCCUGAAUACACUUACAAAGUUUAAAUUUUAAAAUUCUUGACAAGCAAGAAAAAAAAAAGAAGGAUAUAUAGGACUUCGAUCUGCCCAAAUCUUAAUACCCUUUAAAUCGUAGGAGGGGCAAAGGUUGGUUCACUACACGUAUACAUGUAUCUUCAAAUCACAAGGGCCCGUUUUAUGGUUACAAUGAGUUUGUGCUUCGAAUCUAAAACUGCUUCGCACUUUUAUUCAGUUUGUGAGUAAAAUGUCCGGAAUUUACACAUCGAUAAAUUCUUCAAAAAGAAUGUUUAAUCCUAUAAUAACGGAAAAAGUAAAUUGUAAAGAGGGGACAGAUCAGGCCCCCUACCCAUCCGAACCUUUUGUUUCAACGUGCCUUGUUAAAACAUUUCUUUACGUAUUAGGCCUAAAUCUAAAACAGCUGAGCACCAUACUGUUAAUUUUUUCCUUCAUUGUAAAUCAAUGUAAUUAAUAAUGAUCCACAACAGUUCCUACAAAAUCAGACAGCAAAAUUAACGGGGAAACCUGUAUUCUGUGGUGUUUUCGUUAGUCGCUUUUCGUUUUGUCAUCUCGUAAAAUGGCAAAAAUCAGCCACCAUAGUAAAUAGUAAAAAAUGGCUAUAUAAGAGACAUAUUUCAAUCCAUAUAAAAUCCAGGAAAUUCCAUGGGCUUCUUUAUUGACAUAUACAUGUCUCUGUAUAUAUAUUAUAUCAACCUAAAUGUAUCCGGAAAAGAGUCGUAUUGAAUUUACAAUUUAGUCACGACAAAGUAGAAAGCUGUAAUGUGAUUGGCUGAAGUUGAGAAGAAACACUCCCGCUGAUUAGUUGCUAAAUACGGUUUACAUCGCCGCCAUUUUCAAAACAAAAGCUCAUUUAAAAUAAAUCCGAAAAUAGAAAUAGGCACAUGUAGAUAUGCCUUCGGCAGAGGACGAAAGUUUAUUUAGGUAAGAACUCUUAUUUACAUUCUCAUUUUAUUAGCAAAGUAUUCAACAUUGCCUGUUUUUAGGUAAAAAUUAUGUUUACACUUUGGGACCAAGAUAUUAUGUAAUGAUGUAUAAUAAAUGUUGUUAUUGUUGUUUAUUUAUGUUGCUUUACGUCCCAUUCAAGAAUAUUUCACUCUUAUAAAGUUGUUACCAGCUUUAGAAUAGCAAAGUUCCACAUUUCGAGAGAUCUGUAUUUUCCGCAACAAUGGAGCUGUAAAUUGCUGUAAAAACACAGAAAACGACCGGAAUAUGGCACUUAUAUUUUUCAAUUUCAAGUAUUUGGUGCACUGAAAAUGAUUUAAAUAAAUUUUCGUAGUAUAUAAGUGAUGAUAUGAUAUUGAAACUCAGUCAGGUUGAAUUUCUUUGGAUGACCACAUUUUAGUUUUCCUAUUCCCAUAAUUCUGUUAUUAUUUUACUGUCUUUGAUAUAUUAAUCCUACAAUCAAGGUUAUAUUCACUCUGCACAUGGGUAAUGCAUUUUGGAAAUAAAGUGUAGGCCUAUGUAAUUGAGGAUUCUUUGUUUACACGCUUCCCAUUAUCACUAAUAUGUUUUACGGUGUGACCGUUGAGUUCAGCGAAGACCCUUUACACGUCAUCUUGCAAUAACGACUUUUAGACAUCUAAUCCACCUAUUCAUUCAAUGCAGGAACUUUGGGGUUUAUAUAAACAGUGCAUUUUGACAUAUCAGCUGCAAUGUUUUUGUUUCCCCUUUUUUACCAAUUAACAACAAACUUAUGAAGAUAUGAGAAAGCUUGUUUGGAAUUUAAAAACGUUUAUGAUUCUUUCUUAACUAUUUAUUUGUUUUACCUACGGGGUUGUCCAUGAAGUUUACCGCAGUGAUGGCGAUAUUUUUCCAAAAGCAUUACGGAUUACCAGAAGUGAAAAAUGAGAAGAAAUCAAGGAGACAUUCAAUUAUUGGACUAGGGUUUGACCUACCAAAAUUGGGAAAGCGAAAAAGAAAAGCUGCAGAUGAUGAUAGCAUCAGUAUCCAAAGUUGUGACACAAGUAAAUAUAAGAAGAAGAGUAGAAAAUCGAUACUUAGAGUUUCUUCCAUUGCCAACCUUUUGUCUCCUUCCAAGUCCAUCAAGCGGGAAAAUGAAUUCCAGAGGACAAUCAGUUUUAAAGUGCCUCCAUCCCCAACCACUAAGCAUAAUGUGACCCCGUACAAGGCCCCCCAGCCAUCCCCAGCCAAGCAGCGACUGAGUCGAACUUGGAGCGAAAUGAUGAAUACAGUGGGACAUAUCCCCUUGCAGCUGUCUCACAGGGACAUUAAAAGACAAGAGGCUAUAUAUGAGUUGUAUCAAGGUGAAAGUGAUUUAGUAGAGGAUUUAACCAUCGUUAAAAAGACAUACAGGGACUCCAUGGAGAAGCUGCAUCUGAUGACAGAAUGGGAACUCAGCCAGAUAUUUGGCCCAGUUGACAAACUUAUUCCUAUUCAUGAAGAGCUUGCUAGUAGCUUACAAAAUCAGAGGUUACCAGAUGGAACAACUAGAGAUGUUGGAGUUCUUCUUGUGGAUUGGGUGCAGAAGUUGGAGGAGUAUGUUCCAUUUUGUGCCAAUCAGGUGUUUGGAAAAGCCAUGCUGGACGAGAAGAAGAAUGACCCAGCUGUUGAUGAUUUUUUACAGAGAUGCCAGGAUUCUCCAUUUAGUCGUAAACUGGAUCUUUGGACUCUUUUAGAUGGUGCCCGAGGGAAGUUCAUGAAAUACCCUUUACUUCUUAGAGCCAUUCACAAAUACACUUGCGACACAAAUGAGGAUAAAGAAUACCUGAAAGAUGCAAUUAAGAUUGUAGAAAGAAUAAUAUCUGCAGCAGAUCACAAAACAGGAGAAGCUAAAUGCAGAUAUUUUGCUGGGAGGAUUUCCUUUCUGUAUGAGGAGGAGUGUGAGGCCUUGCAAAAUUCCACGAUGCUGCUGUGUAAUGGAAGUCUGAAGAACAAUAAAGGCAGCAAACUUCACAUUUUCUUGUUUAACGAAGUCCUUGUUGUGACCCGAUUGGUCAACAACAAUGGUCAUCAAGGAUAUCAGGUUUACAGACAGCCAAUUCCAGUGGAGGAUCUGAUAGUGGAGGACCUUAAAGAUGGAGAGGUCAAGGUCGGAUCAUUUAGAAGUGCAUUUGGAUCGGGGCAGACAGCAAAGAAUGUCUUUCGUGUGGGAUUCUUGGAUGGAAGCAAGGGACAGUCUCAUACAUUAAUAGCUGUUGAUGAACAUGAUAAAAGGCAGUGGUUGCAAUGUUUGAAAAGCAGUUUGAAGAUGGUGAAGAAGCCAUUCAAGAAAUUGGAUGAGGAUCAUCUUGGUCUUCGUCCUGAUCCAAUAGGACAGUCGUCAGAAUCCGAGACAGAGUUACAGCCCUUCCCAGAGGCAGAUCUACAGUCUUUAUCUGAGAACGAAAGCGAGAACCUCACUUCAGAUGGGUCACCGGGGGAGAUUUUUGGGAAGGUCAUGAGAAGGUCCCUAGAGAAGGAGAAUGUGAAGGUCAUCAGGAAAAACUCCCUGACCUCUCUGUCCAGUAUAGCUUCCUCUCUGAGAAGUUCAUCUUCCUCUCUGAGAAGUUCAUCUUCCUCAUUAAAGAGUUCAACUUCUUCAUUGAAGUCAAGAAAAAGUUCCUCGUCCUUAAGAAAAACAUCAAGAAAAUCUAAAUCAGAUUUAAAAUCAGGGAAUAAGAAAUAAUCUGUCGCACUGCACUCUCCAGAUUGCCGUCAUUGAUAUUCUCAGAUUUUAAUGGCCAUUUUAACGUAUGUGAAACAGGAUUUUGAGGAAGAUUUCAUUUUCUACAUACUUGGUUCCAGUAAAAGAACAUCCAAGUCUGUGGGUGUAGUAUGUACAGGAAAGUGUUCAUUUCAAAUACUGAAUCUGAAGGCAGCAACAGCAUUAAAGGUUGUUCAAAUCAUGGUCACAAAAACUUCUUUACGCCAAAUUACCGAUCAUUGACAUGUUUUAGUAUGACUGAGAUCAACGCUAUGUUCAUGAGUGGUGUUAUGGAUUCUGUUGUAUAUUUCAUUGUAGAUGUUCGUUACAGUCCCUGUUUAACCUGUCUUUGAGCUGUUUAUAUUGUAACAUCAUUUGAUUUAGAAUGGAAAAACAUGUUAAAAAUCCCUGUCCAGGAAGUAAAAUUCCCUGUACAGAAAACAUGUAUUUUGCAGAAAUAAGUCCCUCCUUUUCUUUUGAAACAUUGAUAGUUUAUGCUGUACAUUUUUCUUGGCUCUAGUGACUGUUUUAAUUGCCUGACGUAGUAAUAAUAACCUGGAUCCAGUUACACAAUAUUUAAAGAACCAGGUUCAGUUGAUUCCAGUUGAAACAGAUGCUUAACUUUCUUUAUUUUCAGAAUAAAUAUAAACUGGAAAAUUCUUACUUUUAUAAGGUUUAAAACAUUUCUUCAAUAAAGUCAUGAAAUAAUAGGUCAUGCAGAUUUGUAAAGGUCUUGAUUUGUAUGGGGAAAUGCUGUAUUUAACAUAUAUUAUGAAGAAAUUGGGUAUGAGCACUUUGUAGCCCUUUAUCCAAACAAAUAAAUGAUGUACUAUGUAUCAGUAA